GCUGCAAAUCCCGUGUGCCCCUGUAGUCAAUGAAAACUGUUCGUUUUGUUUCGGUUGUCCUGGAAACUGGCGGCGGGGCGACCAAUCGCGGUCCACUCCCAUCGAUAUUGAAAAAGCAGGACGUGAGUGGCUGGCGCCGCGAGCCCGGCGGUGCGCAUGCGCGCACGUCCGCGCUCCGACAACAAGAAGCAGGAGCCAGGCAACAUGGCCGACCUGGGCAAGAAGUACUGCGUGAACUGCCUCGCAGACGUCACCAACCUGCGGCUCCGCUGCACCGACUGCCCCGACAUCGAGCUUUGCCCCGAGUGCUUCUCGGCGGGCGCGGAGAUCGGCAACCACCGGAGAUGGCACGGCUACCAGCAGGUCGACGGCGGCCGCUUCUCGCUCUGGGGUCCCGAGGCGGAGGGAGGAUGGACCAGCAGGGAAGAGCAGUCGUUGCUCGAUGCCAUCGAGCAGUAUGGAUUUGGAAACUGGGAGGACAUGGCCGCUCACGUUGGAGCAUCCCGUACUCCGCAGGAAGUCAUGGAACACUAUGUCACCAUGUACAUCCAUGGAAACCUGGGCAAGGCCUGCAUCCCUGACAGUAUUCCCAACCGUGUAACCGACCACACCUGCCCAAGUGGGGGCCCCCUGUCGCCAAGCCUCACCACCCCUCUCCCCCUGCUGGAUAUCAGCCUGGCGGAGCAGCAGCAGCUGGGCUACAUGCCGCUGCGUGACGACUAUGAGAUCGAGUAUGACCAGGACGCGGAGAAGCUCAUUAGCGGGCUCUCUGUGAACUACGAUGACGAGGAUGUGGAAAUUGAAAUGAAACGUGCCCACGUGGACAUGUAUGUGCGGAAGCUCCGAGAACGCCAGAGACGUAAGAACAUUGCCCGAGACUACAACCUGGUGCCCGUAUUCCUGGGCCGAGACAAGAAAGACAAGGAGAAGGAGAAACCGGGAGCGCUGGGAGUCGUGGCCACUGCCGGUGGUGUCGGAGGUGUGGGAGCUGGAUGUGGUGCGAUUGGAUCCGGUUCGGCAACAGCGGCGGGAUCGGGUUCCGUUCCGAACACACCCAAAAGGAAAAUCACCAAGGAAGAGAAGGAUCAGCGGGUCAGGCUGCGGGGGCUCUGCCAGUUCAUGGCCCAUCGGGAGUUUGAAGACUUCUUCGAGAAUAUGCACAAAGAACGCGUGCUGCGGGCCAAGGUGCGUGAGCUGCAGCGCUACCGACGCAAUGGCAUCACCCGUCUGGAAGAGUCUGCGGAGUAUGAAGCCGCACGCCACAAACGGGAGAAACGCAAGGAGAACAAAAGUGUGGUCACCUCCAAACGGGGCAGUGGAGGAGGGGGUGGGCUUGGCUCUGGGAUGGGACUUGGGGGUGGCGCCGGAGGGGGAGGCGGCAUUGCUGGAGGGUUAGGGGUAGGAGGCGGGAUCAAGGAAGAGUGUAAGGAUGGGGAGUUUGCUGCCAUCGAGAAUCUGACGGGCUUUGAGCUGCUGUCGGACCGGGAAAAGAUGCUGUGCAACUCUCUCAACCUGAGCCCAGCGCGCUACCUGACUGUGAAAACCAUCAUCAUCAAAGAUCACCUGCAGAAGCGGCAAGGCAUCCCGGCUAAGAGCCGGCUGCCCAGCUACUUGGACAAGGUCCUCAAGAAGCGCAUCCUCACCUUCCUCACAGAAAGUGGCUGGAUAUCACGAGACGCCUCUUAGCGACUCCAUUUUUCAUCUGGAAGUAGUGAGCAGAGGAUUGCCGGUGGCUUGUUAUGCUAUAAGCUGUGGAGGCAGGACAAAACUACUGGCUGUCACCAUUUUUUUUUCUAAUUCAAAGGUGACCUUGUGAAUAUGUACAUUGCAAAGAAAGAGGAUGCUGGGGGGGAAAAUAUUUUCAUACCAAGUACAACGGACAAAAAUAAGCCUUUAUUUUUGCAUUUGGAAAGAGUCGGGUGGAAUACGACUCUGGGUUCACAGUCAUUUUUGUGUCCAUAUUGUUAUUAGCAUCACUUGCAGACGUCUAUUGUGACAUAAUAUUUGAAUUCCAACAUCACAUUCACUGGAAGUGGAAACUAAGUCUCACAGCUACAUUCAAAAUGAUCACCCGUGUGGUUUGUGAUUUUUGUCAACUUUGUUCCCCGUUUCAUCAUUUAAAGUUGCAUUUGGAAACUUUUUCUACAGGAAGUAGCUGUUUGAAUUCUCUCACAUUUUUCCAUCUGGUGUCUUUGAUCCAUCUCUUUCCGUCUCACUGGCUACAAGGGAAGGGAAAGAAAAAGCAGCUCUCUCUUGACGGAGCACUUGGCUGUUUAAUAUAUAUUAAACAUAUAUUGAGUAUCGGUUUGGGGGGGGGUCAUACAUUGGCCAGUGAGUAGCAAAAAUGCCAAAGAUAUGUGAAGAGAUGAUGUAGAAUCAGUGUUGCCCUUACACAGUCUGUCCACCAGGGAGCAUUGACAAAUUAAUUUUUUUUUCAAAUGCAAAACAUCCCUCUCGGGACAAAUGGUUACAAUUCUGGAAUGAAUACAUUUUAAGGGUCCUGAUUUUAAAAAAUCUAGUUAAUUCAAGUUAUUUUUUUUAUUUAAAAAAAGAAAAAGUUCUCUCUCUAUAAUAUCAAGUAGCCACACCAAAAAAGCAAUAAUGCAAAAAAAAAAGCCCACACAGCUCUAGAUAUUAUUUAUUAUGAGUGUAACCUGCUGUCGGUAACCAAACGAUCCAUCCAUCCAUCAACUGUCUGUUGCCAGAUCUGUCUGUUGCCAAAUCCUUACGUCACAUAUUUUGAACUGAGCCAUGGAUUAUUCCCUUGGAAAUAGGUGAAAAUAUCAACAACAACAACAAAAAAUGCCCUAUGUCGCAAUGUUAAAAGUUUCGUGGAAGUCGAAUCAAGUCAUUUUUUUGGUGAAAUUCUGGUGACUUACAAACAGACGGGGGGAAAAUGUAGCCUCCUUGUCUGGCGUAAUGACACAGAGAAAAACAGAAAUGAGGUGGCACAACCCCAACUCUGGCAGAAAACUAUGUUCACGUAAGAACCAUGUACUCACAGCGGGAAAUCUGAAAGAGAAGACAAGUGUUUGGGGCCAUUUUAUUUUGACCUAUUAGUUUUCUGAAAUAUACUUCGGAGCUCAUCUUUCUGAAUCUUUUGAAUGUUCCGCUGUGCCAUUUGAGCACAAUCCUAACAGUUUUGGUUUUCGUUUACCGCGUGUGUGUGUGUGUGGUGGGCUAAUGUUACACCUGUUGAACACUUACAACAAGAAGGAGGUACGGUCUCUGGAUGAGCUGUGUGAGUCAUAAAUCUGUCAUAUUUCGUGUGUGCUGCCUCAAACCACGUCCUGAACACUAAAGCUGAUUAACCUUCACACUGAUAUCUUGUGAGCCCAUUCAGACCCGGUCUUAACAUCCGUCCUGCGCCAUCUGAUCGAGAGUGGUCAGCUCUAAGUCACAGGUGAGUGUGACUGCACCAGAGACGCAUCGUGGACGUAUUUGAGAUCUAAUCAAUGUGGACGUAUUCGAGAUCUAAUCAAUCUGACCACAUUGGGAGGUGAUCUGGUCGGACCCCAACCAUUGAUUAUUUGUGACUACGACUACAGUAUAACCAUCCCCGCCACAUAUUAAUCUCCUGUUUUGUUUUGUUUUCAAAUUGUAUAUCGACACCUAACAUGUAUUCAUCCGCCACAGGAAAAAGUCCCCACAACAAAUAUAGUUUUCUCGUGUUUGCUUAAAAAAAGAAUAAAAAACAACUACAUUGCCCAGCUCUUUCUGGCAAAUGUAAGUUUACACUGAUGAUCUGUUCUUCCUGAAGAGGAGGUUGAUUAACCUUUUGUUGACUUGAGCUUGUGGGAAAUGAUUUAGUGAACCACAGAGCUACAGUAUGAGAAACUUUUUAAAAAUUGUUCUAAAAAUAAAAUCAUAGUUCUAAAAUUUAUAGUGGGUAAGCUCGACUCGAGUUCGAGUAUUGCAGCUGCAUAUUAACCCAUUGCUAACAUGUUCUGAUUGAGAUAUGUUAGGCUGCUGUUGAGGGUUUGUUGAAGAAGAUAAUGGCUGAGCAACCGGCACCAGACUGUGCAUGGUAUCAUUUUUGAAAUAAGAAAUCAUAAGCAUUUUUCACUCAGGGGUGUCGGCUCAAACGGCAAACAGUCCAACUGACUGAGCCUGUAAAACAUUUUUUUUUCCACGCCAGGUUUUGACAAGUGGUGUCGUUCUGCAUGUGCAAAGCAAAUGUUCCAAAGUAACGCGUUUCAGUGUAAAUGUCUCAAAUGAAAAAUACGGCAAUUGGAUUUUUGUUAUUCUAGUUCCCAGUGGAAGGAAAUAUCUUUUGUAAAGGUGUGUGUGGUUACUUAAUGUCACCACAUGUAAAUAAUUUUGUAAGAUAAAUUUGGAAAAAGAAAGUAUAAUUACUGAUCUGUGAAUUGUACAGUAUUUUGUGUCAUGGAUUUUCUUUUCUAUAUAGUUUUUUUUUAAUAAAAAAAACAACUAAUUUUUUGGGUGACGAGAGAAUCAUUUUCUAAAGCUUUGGAUAUAGAGAUUGCAUUUUGUCUUGUGAUCUUGUCUCCAUGGUGAUACUGUUGAGUUGUCCUUUUUCUUUGUUGUUGCACAAGACGAGGUUUGUAUGCAGAUGUAUUAAAAGUGCAAAUACUUUAUAA